UUCGCGGAACAGCGGCGAAUGUGGAAGACGUACCAUCGUCAACAUACCGAGCCGGUGAAUUCACUUCGGGAAUCGUUAGUAUUAUGAUUCAUAGUCAUCGGCAGCUUCUCGAUCUCACGAUUUCAAACACCUCUCAAUAGAAUUGCGUACGUUGCUGAGAUUGUUCCUGCAAUUGUUCUGUGUGUUAAUUUUAAGUGUUCUAUGUAAUGUAAACAAGCUGAAAGGGUGUUUGUGAUUUGUUGCUAUUGAUGUGGUGUGUGCGUAAAUUAAUUUUGACCCGUCUGCAAUUUGGAAGUCAAAUUUGAUCAUAUUUUUUUGACAGUGGAGUGAUCCGAAGGAACAACAAGCCAACAUUCAUAUACGACAGUAUUUCUGAAUAAUGAGUCAACUGUUAUGCGAUACUAAAUAAAACGCCCAAAAUCUGUUAAAAUACGUGUGAUGUGAACGGAAAUGAAAAUAAAAAAUGAAUGGUUUAUAUUAAACAUGUGUGUUGUUUGAGAUAACAGUUUGAAGAAAAACAAAAUAGAUCAAUGAUCACCUUUGUUAUGCAAAAUGCUAUAACUUGUGGAGGAGCCACAUAAAAUGUGCUGUUGGAAGAAACAAAUGAUUUCACCGCUACAAAAGUGACGAACCUGUUUGAAUUUGAGCCAAUUCGUGUGUACAUAUUUGUGCAUUGUAGUGCGUGUAUUGUGAUACGAAAAUAGAUUGUGCUGUAAUCUUAAAAAUGCAUGAUUGCGAGUGUCUUAUUUUGUUCUAGUAGUUAUGAAUGCUGAAUAUUGAAGUGAGACACUCCAUAGUUGAAAUCGUUAGCUUUAACCAUAAAAAACAGGAGUUCAACACAGCAUACAGCAUUGCCAAAAGCUUACAUGUAGCCUCGGAAUUGAAACAACUCGGCGCUAUAUUAAUAAUCUGCUGAAGAAAGAUGAAUCAACAAUGCAAAGUAUGUGGUGAACCAGCAGCAGGAUUUCAUUUUGGAGCAUUUACAUGUGAAGGAUGCAAGUCUUUCUUCGGGCGUACUUACAACAAUUUGUCAUCAAUAUCCGAGUGCAAAAACAAUGGAGAAUGUGUUAUCAACAAGAAAAACCGAACUGCUUGCAAGGCGUGUCGUCUGCGAAAGUGUCUUGUGGUCGGAAUGUCAAAGAGCGGCUCUCGAUACGGCCGGCGGUCAAACUGGUUCAAAAUCCAUUGCCUUCUUCAAGAGCAACAACAACAGCAACAACAGAAAACCUGUAGCAACAACAAUAACAACAGCAACAGUAAUAGCAAUAUUGCCAUCAACAACAGUACUAGCAAUGAAAACAGUAGCAAUAGUACCAGCUCUCCAGGCUUGUCGAUCUCGAAUGGAUUCAUCCCAAACAGUUUUCUGUCGAAUCUGUGCAACAAUAAUAACAACAACAGCAGUUUGAAUAAUAACAAUCUUAAUAACAACAACAUUAUCAAAAAUAACAAUACAAUUAAAAAGAACACGAAACGAGCAAGUACUCCAAGCGAUUCCGGCGCAUCGUCCGCUGAUCCAGAUGAGAGCAAUGGCGUUGGUGGUGGCGGCGGCAGCGGCGGUGGUGGGAGCAGUUUUAUCGAUGGUAGUAACGCUUACAAGGAUCAGCUGGUAGGAAGUGUAGUUCUAGAAAAUGGAUUCAAAACACUAGAACAGGUCGAGGUCAGCUUACCUAAACUACCAAUGAAAGUUUCCCGCACUCCACCCUCUUCAUCGGCACUGCAGUCACACGCCGACACGUAUAGGCCUGCUUUAUUGGAUCGAAUGUCACCCUACCUACCGGCAGUAUCAUUUCGGGGCGACGGUUCUCCUUAUUUCCCAGUGGCAUUUACGAUUCCACCCGUCUCAUUAGCCAUGCUCUCCUCUGGCCAUGCUGGAUUUCAGCUAUGCAAAAGAGACGAGCAAAACGAACCCAUUGAUUUAUCUAUGAAGUCUUCUAAGUCAUCCUCCAGAUCUUCAUCAGAAUCUCCGCGGCGGAUACGCGACAGUUCGCCAAUAUUGCCCACCCCUAGCGAACCGGACGAACCAUCUGCGACGAUGGCAAUCGCUACCAAGACAAUUCCUCUCGAUCUUUCAACGUUUGUGCGUAGUAAUACUCUCCCUGGGUGAGUUUAAUUGUCGAUUGCUAAGAUGGUGCUCGUAUACUAUGGAAUAUAGUUGUGAAACCAAUAUUCACAACAAUGUAAAGUCCUCGCAAUAGAAGAAUGCAGUGAAUAUUCCAAUAUUCCUAGUGCAUAAUAACUAGAUGCAGCCAGACUCAAGUGAAAAUGACUUUAUGCAGCCAGUAAGGUACCCAUAUGCCAGUAAUGUUAAUUUUUUCUCUUAAAUGUCUGUUAACACAAUGCAACGCGAGCAAUCUGCGAAAAGUGGUAGACUCGUGCGAAUAUAUUAAGUUUCGCAUUUAAUCGCGCUGUGUUUCGGUACAGUUUUGUAAACAUUGCAACUACGUUAGGUCUAUUUAGUUCACACAUGGUGCCAGAUAUCAGUGUACAAAUUUUUCAUUAGACUUUAUUUGGUAAACGGUUUAACAACUGCCAAGUUUGUCGUAAUUUAUUGCCAAAUCAUUAAUUGUUUUCUCAGUUUUACUUUGAAUAUUCUUGUAACGAAUUUAAAAAAAAAACAAAAUCAUGAUUGCUCGAAAAAUACAAACCCUUUAAUAAUAUACCCGAAAGACGCAAAGCUAAAUAAAACGCGUAUAUUUCGCAGUCCUUGUCAUAUGUGAAACUGAAACAGAAAGCUAGACAUUGAAAAUAUAAUUUAUGAAUCUCCAACUGUAGAUAGCAUCCCGUUGUUUAGCGAAUUUUUGUGUUUUACUUGUAUUUAAGCUUUAAACAUUAUUUAUAAACUGAAUGCAUUUGUAGUGAAUAAUAAAAUUUGUUUGUUUGA